CGGCGGCUGGACCGCGGCCCCUCCGGUACCGGCAGCGGCUCCGCGCCCCGCCCGGCCCCGCCGAGCCGCCACCUGCCCGCGCCGCACCACAGGGGCAGCCAUGGGCAAGCACAGCAGCAAGCUGGCCCCGGAGAUGCUGGAUGACCUGGUGAGGAGCACGGAGUUCAGCGAGCAGGAGCUGAAGCAGUGGUACAAGGGCUUCCUCAAGGACUGCCCCACCGGCAUCCUCAACCUGGAGGAGUUCCAGCAGCUCUACAUCAAGUUUUUCCCCUACGGAGACGCCUCCAAGUUUGCCCAGCACGCUUUCCGCACCUUCGACAAGAACGGGGACGGCACCAUCGACUUCAGGGAGUUCAUCUGUGCCCUGUCUGUCACCUCCAGGGGCACCUUUGAGCAGAAACUCAACUGGGCCUUCGAGAUGUACGACCUGGACGGGGAUGGGAAGAUCACGCGCCUGGAGAUGCUGGAGAUCAUUGAGGCCAUUUACAAGAUGGUGGGGACUGUGAUCAUGAUGAGGAUGAACCAAGACGGGCUGACGCCUCAGCAGCGAGUGGACAAGAUCUUCACAAAGAUGGACAAGGACAAGGAUGACCAGAUCUCCCUGGAGGAGUUCAAGGAGGCCGCCAAGAGCGACCCCUCCAUCGUCCUGCUCCUGCAGUGUGACAUGCAGAAAUAGAGCCCUGGGGCUCAGGGCUGGACUGGCUGCAGCCAAACUCUGCCCCCUGUGAUGGUUUCAAUCCCCAUUUUUCCCCCGUUUGGCCCCAGGUAUGAGCCACAUCCCAUCCCGUUCCGUUCCUCCUGCUGCCCCUGCUCCGGCUGCAUCCCGGGCAGUCCCCAUUCCACACCCUCCCAGGGUGCUCUGAGUGCUGUCAGCGCUCCCCCAUCCUGGAGCUGGACACCCUGCAGCCUCUGGCGCGUCCUGGCUGACCAGGGCCAGCCGUUUCCACAGCCCUGCUGCCUCCUCCCUGCUUUCCCCCACUGCUCCACCUGGCCCAUUCCCUGAUCCUAACGGAGACCAACUUUGUGCCCUUUCUGCUGUUCCCCCCGCCCUGUUCAUGGCUUGUGAUGUCUCCAGGGAGGCUGAAAAGUCUCAAGUCCUGCUCCUGGUCCCUCCUUCACUGGCAAUUCCCUGGAAGGCUCCCCAGAGGGGCCAGGGCAGGGUCUUGCACUGGCUUUAGCUCUUCCACCUCCACUUUUCCUGCUGGGAACAGCCAGGGUUGGUCAGGACACUUUAGUGGAGAACAGAAGUGUGCAGAGCCAGCCCUGGAUGUGGCCACUGCCCGAUCCCAGAAGCCACCUUCCAUCCCAUCAGGAGGGUGACCUCCACAGCUGCCCUGGCAGCAUCGUGGGUGCUCUGCAGCAUUUCUGACCUUCCUCAGGUGGCACCUGGGGUCCCAAACUGGAGGCGAGGUCAGGAGCGUGGCCGUGGAAGGCAGGUCCUGGUGCUGCUCCGGGGUGUGUGGCGCUGCUGUGGGGACAGCUGGGUGCUGGGUGGGGGCUGUGGAGAGGCGUGGAUGGGUCCUGUACCUGCUGAGCCUCCUGGCAAAGCUCUGAGCUCACAAGAAACAAAUCUGUCCCCUUCCUCCCCCCCCUUCCAGCCUGCUGCACCCACCCCUCCUGCCCCAGGCCAGGAAUAUUGUCCCAGGUUGGUGUUUAGUCUGCACGUUGUGGUGUUGAUGGCUGUGGUGUCUGUUAGGAGAUGGUGAAGUUGUUACCAAUUUUUUUAAUGGAAAAAUAAACUGCCCCCCGUGUGUGGUGUC